GUACGGCGGCCGCGCGGGGCCGUCCCGCUCAGACGGGCCGAGGGCGGCGAUGGCGCGUCCGGCGGGGGCGGCUCCGGCCCCUCCGGCCCCUCCGGCCCCGCGGGCCCCGCGAGCAGCGCCCGCACAGACCUGAGGCAUCUCUUAACAAGCUAAAAGUGACAGAACCAUGGCUCAGUUUCCAACACCUUUUGGGGGCAACCUGGAUAUCUGGGCUAUUACUGUGGAGGAGAGAGCAAAACAUGAUCAGCAGUUCCACAGCCUGAAACCAACAGCUGGAUUUAUCACUGGUGAUCAAGCCAGGAACUUUUUUUUUCAGUCUGGGUUACCUCAGCCGGUGUUAGCACAGAUAUGGGCUCUAGCUGACAUGAACAAUGAUGGCAGGAUGGAUCCCUUGGAGUUCUCCAUAGCCAUGAAGCUCAUCAAGCUGAAGCUCCAGGGCUACCAGCUCCCCUCUGCUCUGCCCCCCGUCAUGAAGCAGCCGCCGCUCGCCCUGCCCGGCGCCCCAGGAUUUGGUCUCGGGGGCAUUGCCAACAUGCCCUCCCUCAGCUCUGUGGCCCCCAUGGCAUCCAUGCCGGUGGUGGGGAUGUCCCCACCGUUAGUGUCCUCAGUUCCUGCCGUCCCUCCCCUGGCUAACGGAGCUCCUGCUGUCAUCCAGCCUCUGCCUGCUUUCGCUCACCCCGCCACAUUGCCAAAGAGUUCUUCCUUCAGCAGAUCCGGCCCAGGAGCUCAGCUCAAUGCAAAGCUGCAGAAGGCACAGUCCUUCGACGUGCCCAGUGCUCCCCCCGUGGCAGAGUGGGCUGUCCCUCAGUCCUCACGGCUCAAGUACCGGCAGCUCUUCAACAGCCACGACAAAACCAUGAGUGGACACUUGACAGGUCCCCAAGCAAGAACAAUCCUCAUGCAGUCCAGUUUGCCCCAGGCUCAGCUGGCCACAAUAUGGAAUCUUUCUGAUAUCGACCAGGAUGGGAAGCUGACAGCUGAGGAGUUUAUUCUGGCUAUGCACCUCAUUGAUGUAGCUAUGUCUGGGCAGCCACUGCCCCCUGCACUGCCUCCAGAGUAUAUCCCACCUUCCUUUAGAAGAAUCCGCUCUGGCAGUGGGAUAUCUGCUGCCAGCUCAGUGUCUGUAGACCAAAGGUUACCAGAAGAACCAGCAUUAGAGGAAGAGCAGCAGCAACUGGAAAAGAAAUUACCAGUCACGUUCGAGGACAAGAAGCGGGAGAACUUCGAGCGGGGGAACCUGGAGCUGGAGAAGCGGCGCCAGGCGCUCCUGGAGCAGCAGCGCAAGGAGCAGGAGCGGCUGGCACAGCUGGAGCGGCAGGAGCAGGAGAGGAAGGAGCGGGAGCGGCAGGAGCAGGAGCGCAAGAGGCAGCUGGAGCUGGAGAAGCAGCUGGAGAAACAGCGGGAGCUGGAGCGGCAGAGGGAGGAGGAGAGGAGGAAGGAAAUCGAGAGGAGGGAGGCUGCCAAGCGGGAGCUGGAGAGGCAGCGGCAGCUGGAGUGGGAGCGCAACCGUCGGCAGGAGCUGCUCAACCAGAGGAACAAGGAGCAGGAGGACAUCGUUGUCCUGAAGGCAAAGAAGAAAACCUUGGAAUUCGAGCUGGAGGCUCUGAACGACAAAAGGAACCAGCUGGAGGGAAAGCUUCAGGAUAUCAGGUGUCGGCUGUCGACCCAGAGACAAGAAAUUGAAAGUACAAACAAAUCCAGAGAGCUCAGAAUUGCAGAAAUCACCCAUUUGCAGCAGCAGCUACAGGAGUCUCAGCAGAUGCUGGGGAGGUUGAUCCCAGAAAAGCAGCUGCUCAAUGAUCAGCUCAAGCAAGUCCAGCAGAACAGUUUGCACAGAGAUUCUCUUCUUACCAUCAAGAGAGCCCUGGAAGCCAAGGAACUGGCACGGCAGCAGCUCCGGGACCAGCUGGAUGAAGUGGAGAAAGAAACCAGAUCCAAACUGCAGGAGAUCGAUAUUUUCAAUAAUCAGCUGAAGGAGCUGAGGGAAAUCCAUAACAAACAGCAGCUCCAGAAGCAGAAGAGCUUGGAAGCUGAGAGGUUGAAACAGAAGGAACAGGAAAGGAAGACAGUAGAGCUGGAAAAGCAGAAAGAAGCUCAGAGGCGAAUCCAGGAACGGGACAAGCAGCGGCUGGAGCGGGGGCAGCCAGAGGAGGAGCCUCAGUGGCCAAAAAAAGUUCAGGAAGAGGAAAAGCAAAAAAGGGAAGACAUACCUAAGAAGAAGGAAAGUGAGGAGAAGGGGAAGCAGGAAAUGCAAGAGAAGCUGAGUAAACUCUUCCAGCCCCACCAGGAGCCAGCCAAGCCAGUCCAGGCUCCCUGGUCCAGUGCAGAAAAAGCUCCUCUGACCAUUUCUGCUCAGGAGGAUGUAAAAAUAGUGUAUUAUAGAGCUCUGUAUCCUUUUGAAUCCAGAAGCCACGACGAGAUCACCAUCCAGCCCGGAGACAUCGUCAUGGUGGAUGAAAGCCAGACUGGAGAGCCGGGGUGGCUCGGGGGGGAACUGAAGGGCAAGACUGGCUGGUUCCCUGCCAACUACGCCGAGAGGAUCCCCGACAGCGAAGUGCCCGGCGCGGCCCGGCCGGCGGGGGAGGCUGCGGCCCCCAAGGUGUCCGUGCAGGACAGCAGCACCCCCCUGGCAGCUCCUGCCCCCCCCGAGGCUCCUGCCACCACCAACAACUGGGCAGACUUCAGCUCCACGUGGCCAAGCAACCCCAGUGAGAAGGCCGAGAGUGACAACUGGGACGCCUGGGCAGCCCAGCCCUCCCUGACGGUGCCCAGCGCGGGGCAGCUGCGGCAGCGCUCGGCGUUCACCCCCGCCACCGUCACCGGCUCCUCCCCGUCCCCCGUGCUGGGCCAGGGUGAAAAAGUGGAGGGGCUCCAAGCACAGGCUUUGUAUCCUUGGAGAGCCAAAAAGGACAACCACCUUAAUUUCAACAAGAAUGAUGUCAUCACAGUCCUGGAGCAGCAGGACAUGUGGUGGUUUGGAGAGGUCCAGGGACAAAAGGGGUGGUUCCCCAAGUCCUACGUGAAGCUCAUUUCAGGCCCCAUUAGGAAGUCAACCAGCAUGGAUUCUGGGUCCUCAGAAAGCCCUGCUAGUCUGAAAAGAGUUGCAUCCCCAGCAGCAAAGGCCACGAUGUCAGGGGAAGAGUACAUUGCCAUGUACACCUACGAGAGCUCGGAGCAAGGAGACCUCACUUUCCAACAAGGUGACAUGAUUCUGGUGACAAAGAAAGAUGGUGACUGGUGGACGGGCACGCUGGGUGAUAAAUCAGGAGUUUUCCCAUCUAAUUAUGUGAGACUCAAAGAUUCUGAGGCUCCAGGAGCAGCUGGAAAAACGGGAAGCCUAGGGAAGAAACCUGAAAUUGCCCAAGUUAUUGCCUCUUACACAGCCACGGGCCCAGAACAGCUCACUCUGGCUCCUGGGCAGCUCAUCCUCAUCAGGAAGAAGAAUCCAGGUGGUUGGUGGGAAGGAGAGCUCCAAGCCAGGGGGAAGAAGCGCCAGAUCGGGUGGUUUCCUGCCAACUACGUGAAGCUGCUGAGCCCAGGGACCAGCAAAAGCACCCCCACCGAGCUGCCCAGGGCACCAGUGCCUGCAGUGUGCCAGGUGAUCGGCAUGUACGACUACGCGGCGCAGAACGACGACGAGCUGGCCUUCAGCAAGGGCCAGAUCAUCACCGUGCUCAGCAGGGACGACCCCGACUGGUGGAAGGGCGAGGUCAACGGCCACGUGGGGCUCUUCCCGUCCAACUACGUGAAGCUGACCACGGACACGGACCCCAGCCAGCAGUGGUGUGCAGACCUGCACCUGCUGGACAUGCUGACUCCUACGGAGAGGAAGAGGCAGGGCUACAUCCACGAGCUCAUCGUCACCGAGGAGAACUACGUCAACGACCUGCAGCUGGUCACCGAGAUCUUCCAGAAGCCACUCAUGGAAUCUGAGCUGCUCACAGAGAAAGAAGUCGCCAUGAUUUUUGUUAAUUGGAAGGAGCUGAUUAUGUGCAAUAUAAAACUACUGAAGGCCCUGCGGGUGCGGAAGAAAAUGUCCGGGGAGAAGAUGCCGGUGAAGAUGAUCGGGGACAUCCUGACGGCCCAGCUGCCCCACAUGCAGCCCUACAUCAGGUUCUGCAGCUGCCAGCUCAACGGGGCCGCCCUCAUCCAGCAGAAGACGGACGAGGUGCCCGAGUUCAAGGAGUUCGUCAAGAGGUUGGCAAUGGAUCCUCGCUGUAAAGGAAUGCCACUCUCCAGUUUUCUACUAAAGCCUAUGCAACGGGUAACCAGAUACCCACUAAUCAUUAAAAACAUAAUAGAGAACACUCCUGAGAACCACCCUGACCACAGCCACCUGAAGCACGCCCUGGAGAAGGCCGAGGAGCUUUGCUCCCAGGUCAACGAGGGCGUGCGCGAGAAGGAGAACUCGGACAGGCUGGAGUGGAUCCAGGCCCACGUGCAGUGUGAGGGCCUCUCCGAGGGGGACCCCGAUUGUUUCACUUUAUACAGUGCGUUGUUGUUCUUCUUCUACUUUUCGCAGCAACUCGUAUUUAACUCAGUCACAAACUGCCUGGGACCACGCAAGUUCCUGCACAGCGGGAAGCUCUAUAAAGCCAAGAGUAACAAGGAGCUCUAUGGUUUUCUGUUCAACGACUUCCUCCUGCUCACUCAGAUCAUAAAACCCCUUGGCUCCUCGGGCACGGACAAGGUGUUCAGCCCCAAGUCCAACCUGCAGUACAAAAUGUACAAAACUCCCAUUUUUCUAAACGAGGUACUGGUAAAAUUACCCACAGACCCUUCUGGAGAUGAGCCCAUCUUCCACAUCUCCCACAUUGACAGAGUCUACACCCUCCGGGCUGAAAGCAUCAAUGAGAGGACCGCCUGGGUUCAGAAGAUCAAAGCUGCUUCAGAACUUUACAUAGAGACUGAAAAGAAGAAGAGGGAAAAGGCCUACUUAGUUCGCUCGCAAAGGGCAACCGGCAUCGGGAGGCUGAUGGUGAAUGUGGUGGAGGGCAUCGAGCUCAAACCCUGCAGGUCCCACGGAAAGAGUAACCCCUACUGUGAGGUGACCAUGGGCUCCCAGUGCCACAUCACCAAGACCAUACAGGACACCCUGAACCCCAAGUGGAAUUCCAACUGCCAGUUCUUCAUCAAGGACCUGGAGCAGGACGUGCUCUGCAUCACGGUGUUCGAGCGGGACCAGUUCUCCCCGGACGACUUCCUGGGCAGGACGGAGAUCCGCGUGGCCGACAUCAAGAAGGAUCAGGGUUCCAAGGGGCCGGUCACGAAGUGUCUCCUCCUGCACGAGGUGCCGACGGGCGAGAUCGUUGUGCGGCUGGACCUGCAGCUGUUCGACGAGCCGUAGGAGGGGCUCUUGGGGUCCAGUCGAGUCCGCUGCGAUCCGUCGGUGUCCGCGGGAGCUGCCGCAAAGUCCUGGCCGGCGCGGCAGGAAACCACUGCUCGCCCUUCGCGCCUCAGAGGGUUAUCAAAGCAAACAGGAGCAUCUUUGUGCCUUGAUAAUUCUCACUGACAACAUGAAUCCCCGGUUUGGCGAGGAGAUCUCCCUCAAUCUCUCCGUGUGGGACUUGGCGCUGGUCUCCCGGGUGGAUGAAACGACCCUGUUUGUUCCUUGUAGCUCCGGUGGGAACGGCUGGCAAACCACAGAGGUGGCUGCGCUUGCUCCAGUUGCCCUACUCUUGAAUUUCCAUGGAGAAGGCAAUGUUGGGGUGUUUGGGAGGCUUUCUGCAGGGCUUUCCCAUGAAGGAAUUCUGUGCCUACUGCUCAGCAAAGUGGGGUGUAAAUCGGACGUGAGUGGAAGGAGCGGUUUUGCAGCAAGAAGGUCUUUGAAGAUCUUCGUGAUGGUACUGAAAAGACUUAGAAAAUAAAUAGUCUAUAUCUAUAAACAGAGAAGAUUCUAUUAACAAACCACUUCAUGACUUGCAUUGCCCCUGAAAAUAAAUGAUGUCCAGGCCUCCUGCACAGAGAUGAAUUGCACUCCAGAAGAGUCCGCCCCCUCGGUACCUUUGGAAGCAGCUGUUGGCCACAGGACGGUAAAUGUUGGCACAGGGAGCCAAGGGUUAAGCACAGAGCCCUGCUGCGUGUCCUGCUGUACCACUCGGAUACUCCUUUACUGCUGCUGCCCAGGCGGGUGAUCUGUCACCUGCAGUGGGGAAGAAAAAACAAUCACGGCUCCAGCUCAGGAAGGGAAUUCCCAGCCCACAGAGUGUGGUUUCAAAGCAAUCAGUGGUGUCCAGGUACUGGCUUGUGCUGGGCUCACCCGUGUGGGACAAGGUGUGAUGGGAGCGGGGCAGCAGCUCCCAGCGGUUGGUGGCCGUGCUGGAUGUGACCAGAGCUUGGGACGGUGCAGAGUGGGGAACCCCAAAGCCCUGUGACCCCGGGGAGCGCCAGGGCUUCCCUGUCCAUCCGGCUCCAUGGACACACCCGUCCAGGCCCACAGCCCUGCUCGCAGAGCACCAGUUCCGAGCGGGCUCUUCCGUCUGGUGUCCCCGGAGCACCCGCGGGAGGGCUUUGCUGAGUCUGGACUCGAGAGGGAAAAGAGCCCCCAGAGUCAAAUUCCUCUUUGUUCUGCUUGGAUUCAUUCUGUCCAUGCCCUGCCCACACAUCCACUGGUAUUUUUGUAAGGACUUCAUUCCGGAUGGGAGGUGCCAGCCCGUGUCAUUCGCAUGUGAACGUUCUCGUGGAGCCUGUCGUUGGGUUUUGGUGUUCCUUGCAUGUCCUUCAGUCCUGGUUCCCACCUCUCCUGUGUUGGUGGUGUUCUCUAGCACUACAAGUCUUAUUGGUUUCCAUUAGGAAAUUAGGAUAUAUCCAUAACAGGUAGGUAGAUCCGUAUGGUAAUAAGUGUAAACUGUGCUGGGAAGUGUCUGUGUAUUAUAAUUUCCUAAAAGACCACUGUAAUGUUUCAAGCAAUGGGAAAAAAAAAAAAAAAAAAGUAUGUUGGAGGGACAACAAAGUUUACAUUUCAUACUUUUCAGAAUCGCUUUAUUAUUUAUUUAUUGAAAAUAGUGUAGAAUUUUGUAUCAGAAAUGACAGACAUACUUAUGUAUUUUUUGAAACAAAACAGAGAUACACACUUUAGUUAGAAACUUUCAACUGACCACGUUUUAGAGGGAGUGUAACUUCCUAGGCAUGCAUUUGUUUACCACUAACUGGCUGAAAACACGAUUAAGAGAAUUUAAGUUUCUAUUUUUCAAUGUUGUUAAGAAAAUUGUUUCAAUUAAAAUAUGUAAAUAGUACUAAACCCAUGCUUUCCUAAUUCCAUAUCAAGACAUUUUAUGAAAUAUAAUGUAUAUGAAAAUACACAUUGUUGUGGUAGGAUGAAAGAAAAAGUGAUAAAAUCUAUUACUGGAGUAACAUUAAAUGUCAUUGUCUAACCUUU